CACGCACGGAUGUACGACACCUACGUACAGAAGCAUAGAGCAUGCUGGACCCAAGCGCUUGGUAUACGUGACUAAGGAAUUUGGAUUGCACAUAGCAUGUGAGCAUCGAUUCGUUCCUGAUGAGAGGCGCUGUGCCGCACGCAUACAUACAAGUGGGGACCGUCAGCCUGCAUAUGCGAUAUAUGUAGAUCCUCUUUUCCCGCGACAUGAAGUUUCGAAAUCACCAUCGUGAACCCUUUGAAUAGUCUUCCAGACCGCGAAGAUGGUCAACAUAGCAUCGAUUCGCCAAUACAACGCCCGCUUUGCCAGCGAGCAGCAUCGUGGGUGGGUGGGCGUCCUCAGCGGAGCGACCGGUGGUAUCGGUGCCGGAACCUUGACACGCAUGGUUCAAAACCUCCACGACUCAACGUUUUAUGUGCUCGGUCGAUCCGAGGCUCGCUUCGCUUCGCAGAAGGCCGAGUUGAUGAAAUUGAAUCCUACCAACAAGAUUGUCUUUCUCAAUGCGCAGGUCUCAUUGCUGAGAGAUGUCGAUACGGCGUGUGAGCAGAUCAAAAAGGCUGAAAACAAGGUCGAUUUUGUAUACAUGUCUCCUGGAGUAGAUAUGGGUACGGCGCUCCUCAAGGGUCCCCAAUACACCGAAGAAUCACUCGAACAAUCCUUCGCCAUCUCCUACUACGGUCGUCUCCGACUAGUCUCCUCCCUUCUCCCUCUACUCCGAAAUUCACAGAGCCCGCGCGUUCUGAGUGUCCUGAAUGGCGGCCGCGAAGAAACAAUCAACACCGAAGACCCCGGACUCGAGAAGACGUGGUCCGUCCUCCGGGUGGGAGCGCACACAACAACAAUGACAGCCCUCGCUCUGGAGCAUCUUGCCGCUGAGGAUUCCAAUCACGGCAUUACCUUCCUUCACGCCUUUCCCGGGAUUGUCAAAACCGACAUCAUCAAUCGCUUGACGCCGCCGACGGACUCGUCUACUGGACUCGGAUGGCGAGUAGGUCUGGCGGCAUUCCGCGGCGUCGGAUCGGUGGUCAUGGGACUUUUUGGUAUGGAGGUUCAGGAUUGUGGUGAUCGACAGGCGUAUCUUCUCACGUCCGAUGCAACGAUACCGCAACCUGGAGCUUGGCGCUUUGAUGCUUCGAGUGAGGUGAUCAAGACAGAAGGGGUCCUCAAGCGAUAUCGUGAGGAUGCGCUGGGCAAGCGUGUGUGGGAGCACACGGAAGGGGUGUUUAAUCGAUGUGUGGUUGAUGCAUCGACGGGCGCCGAAUGAACCCAGCGAGAAGGAAACACGCGAACUUUGAGGUGUAUUUGACAACGGUGGAAUAGCUUCCUUGCAUAAUGAUGAUAUUCAUGUCUUCUGUUCAUGGCGAGUCCUCGGGCGUAU